AUGCUGAAUUGGCUGUCUCCUCUGAACUACUCGAGUGCGCAAGAUGACCAUGCCAGUCGCGCUCGCAAAGGCGCAGGUAAUUGGUUGCUCGAAUCGCAAUCCUACGAUGAGUGGGAGAAUGGCGAUGUCGAAAAGCUCUGGUGUGUCGGAAAACCUGGGGCGGGGAAAACAAUCAUGGCGUCAAUUGUAAUCCAGCGACUGGAAAAUCUUCGACAGAGUUUCAAAGAUGCUCUGAAUAUAAGGAUAGUUUUCCUUUACCUCAACUACAAACGACAGACUCCCCUGGUACAGCUCCUAGGCAGCGUUGCAAAACAGUUGGUCGGAGACGAAGUUCCUACACCGAAGCCUUUGAAGGAUUUGUGGGAGAAGAACGUCAGAAGAGGGAAUAAAAGUUCGGCACUACCUCUAGACCAGCUGGAUACGCUACUUGCAGAGUUGGCAAAAGAAAAGAAAGUUUUCAUCAUUGUGGACGCCUUGGACGAACUGACGACGGACCGACAAAAGCUUGUAAAUCAUCUUUCUCGGGUUCAUCAGCAUGUCAAAUUGCUGUUCACAUCCCGACUAAUCGAGGGCCUUGAAGAUCUUUCCAAAGGAUUUAGUCGGGUGGUAAUAGAAGCCCAUCAAGAAGACGUUCAUGGCUAUAUUGACGACGUCAUUGGCAACAGCGCGCGGCUAGCAAAAUUCAUGAGAUACGACCGUAGGCUUGAGCCAGAUAUCAAACAUGAAGUUACCAAAAGGUCAGAUGGAAGUUUUCUAUUAGCACGCCUUCAUCUCGAACGACUGUCGAGUCAAAUAACACUGGAUGCGGUUCGUGAGAACUUGAAAAAGCUUCCGAUAGAGAUCAACGAGACGUACGAUGAGAUCAUGGAGCGAAUCGAGAAAGAAGGGGAAGAGAAGAGAAGUAUGGCGAAGACAAUCUUGUCGUGGGUCGUGUUUGCGCGCCGACCUUUGUCGGUAAAAGAGAUCAAGCACGCAUUGGCUGUACGCGCCAAAGAUGAAACAUUGAACCAUGGACGUAUGCCUCUGACAGAAGACAUCACAGCGUUCUGUUGUGGGCUCGUGGUCCUCGAAGCCAAGAAGAAGAUUGUGAGGCUGGUCCACUACACAGCUCAAGGCUACUUCAAUGACGCCACAAAAGCGAGGUUGUUUCCUCAUUUCGAGCUCCAUAUCGCGCUCGUUUGCUCCACAUAUCUUUGUAUGAAAUCACUGGAGCAACCAGACGAUAGCGAACGGCAAAUAUCGUUCGCAGUGGACCUGUAUCCUGAUUCCGAUGAGUUCAUAAGCGACGACAGUGAUUCGGAUGGCGUCGGAUUCAGCCCCAACGUAGAUCAGCAUCCAAACUUUCUGGUUGGAGUUGGUAGACCUGCUCAAGGUCUGACUUUCUCUAAAAAGCUUCUCCACUAUCCACUUCUCAGUUAUGCUGGGGAGUUUCUCGGCGAGCAUUUUCGGAAAGCCCAGAAGAUCCAGAGAGGCAACUCAGAAAAUCAGGAUAUUUCGGCACAGUUCGAGGAAGUCCUGCGACGAGUAAAGCAACUAAUCACGGAGCGCUUCAAGCGGAACUUUUAUUGCCGUUUGUUGGAUGAAAUGAAUAUCUACUUCCGGAGAACCCCUCUUGACUUUCUCACUGAAUCAGAAGAGACGGAAGAAUAUUCCUGGAGCGAUUCCGACGAUGAAGAUAACAGCUCCUUGAACCAGUUUGUCGAGAGACUGUUCAAAGUGACCGAAGACCUGGAGAGCGAUAGUAUGGAGCAAUCUGCAGAGCCAGCUUUUACAACUACCGACACAGAUCCUUGGGAAACCCCGCCCUAUAGAAGAAUGAGUUCUCAUUCAACAGAGGCUUCAAGCUAUCCUCCAUUUGGCGACCGACCCGCAGAGACGCCGUGGCCAUCUUACACCAGCUACGUUAAUUAUUCGCCACUACACCUAGCCGCCUUUGUUGGCUCUCCGGAAGUGAUUGAACACAUCAUGUCUCUUGAUGAGAGGCCAGGAGUUGAUGAGUUGGACUUUUUCCAACAAUCUCCACUCAUGGUGGCUCUGAAAAAGGGCUAUACAGAUGUCAUAUCAGUACUUCUCAAGUACGGCGCAACCGUAGACCUUGGGAACCCAUUCGGUCAUGCAUUUCUGCUAUACGCAGCUCAGCAAAGCGACUUUGGCAUCGUCGAGACGAUUCUUACCAGUGCCGUGGACGAUAGCAACCCUCCAAUUGCGACUCAGGGCUCGUCAUUGCCGUGGUAUUGCCAGAGCGCCCAAGACUGGAUCUCGGAUCUGCUCUUUGGAUCUAGUAGGAGGUCGUCAACGGUAUCAGAUGUUGACAGUCAAGAGCUAGACCCUGAAAGUUCUCACACACCGAAGCUUACCGCAGUUUCGCCAAGUCUCAUUCAACUUCUUUUGGAAGUAUUUCACUGCAAUGUAAUCAAUCUUUCCGGCGCUCUGGAAGCUUGCGAUGAUUCCACACCCCUCAGAGAUCGAUUUUUCGAAACCGCCUUCUUCCUUGCCAUCGAAAGAAAAGCUUCGGAUGUGGUAAAUGUCUUACUACAACAAGAAGGUAUCAACGUUAACAUGCGCGAUUACCUCGAUCAAACCCCCUUGCAUCGAGCCGCCUCACGCAAUUCAAUUUCCAUCGUAACCUCGCUCCUGGAUAACGAAGCCAAAGUAGAUCUACGCGAUAUGAACAAAGAAACCGCUUGGUCAGCCAAUGCAUAUACAGGUCAAGGCAAAGAAGCCAGUAGGUUAAAUACCUUGUUAUAA